GAGUAUCCGGAUGUCUUGGGUUUUCUUCCCAUUCUGUUCUGUUCUGUUCUCCUAGCACCAUCUCAUUACUAGACGUAGGCACUAGACGUGACAAUCAACUGCAUUUGAACUGAGCAGAAGAAAUAUUGAAGACACAGUCUUCAGAAGAAAUGUCUCAAAGGCAGCCUCAAUCACCUAAUCAGACUUUUAUUUCAAUCACAAAUGACACAGAAUCAAGCUCUGUGGUUUCUAACGAUACCACAAAUAAAGGACGGACCGGGAGCAACUCUCCAGGAAUAGAAGCAUUGUGUGCCAUCUAUAUUACUUAUGCUGUGAUCAUUUCAGUGGGCAUCCUUGGAAAUGCUAUUCUCAUCAAAGUCUUUUUCAAGACCAAAUCCAUGCAAACAGUUCCAAAUAUUUUCAUCACUAGCCUGGCUUUUGGAGAUCUUUUACUUCUGCUAACUUGUGUGCCUGUAGAUGCAACCCACUACCUUGCAGAAGGAUGGCUGUUCGGAAGAAUUGGUUGUAAGGUGCUUUCUUUCAUCCGGCUCACUUCUGUUGGUGUGUCGGUGUUCACGUUAACAAUUCUCAGCGCUGACAGAUAUAAGGCAGUUGUGAAGCCCCUUGAGCGGCAGCCCUCUAAUGCCAUCCUGAAGACUUGUGCAAAAGCUGGCUGCGUCUGGAUCGUGUCUAUGAUAUUUGCUGUCCCAGAAGCUAUAUUUUCAAAUGUUUAUACUUUUCGAGAUCCCGACAAAAAUACAACAGUUGAAUCGUGUGUCUCUUAUCCUGUCUCUGAGAAACUCCUGCAAGAAAUACAUUCUCUGCUGUCCUUCCUAGUGUUCUACAUUAUUCCACUGUCCAUUAUCUCUGUCUAUUAUUCUUUGAUUGCUAAGACUCUUUACAAAAGCACCUUGAACAUACCUACUGAGGAACAAACCCAUGCUCGCAAACAGAUUGAAUCCCGGAAGAGAAUUGCCAGAACGGUCUUGGUGUUGGUGGCUCUGUUUGCUCUCUGCUGGUUGCCAAAUCACCUCCUGUAUCUCUACCACUCUUUCACUCAUCAAACCCAUGCAGACUCCUCUCCCGUGCAUUUUAUUAUCACCGUUUUCUCUCGGGUUCUGGCUUUCAGCAAUUCUUGUGUAAAUCCCUUUGCUCUCUACUGGCUGAGCAAAACCUUCCAGAAGCAUUUUAAAGCUCAGCUAUUCUGUUGCAAGGCUGAGCUGCCCGAGCCUCUUCCUGCUGACACCCCUCUUAACAACCUGGCUGUGAUGGGCAGGGUCCCGGGCACUGGGAGCACACAGGUGUCUGAAAUUAGUGUGACCCUGUUCCCCGGAUGUAGCGAGAAGGAGGACGUAGUCUAGCCUUUCAGUCAAAAACGGUAUUUCUCCUCCCAGCGUGUGUACCCAACCCUAAAUUGUG